AUGCGGAUCUUCUCUGUUCUAAAUAAAUCUGUGUCUGGCACAUUUAAAGCAUCAUCGAUAUGUGAACGAAACAUGCAACAAAUGGUGAUGUUGCAAGCGAGAUAUUUGGCAAUUCCUGGUGGAAAAGCUGUUUUUAAAAGGGAUAAACCCCAUUUGAACGUUGGUACGAUUGGGCACGUGGAUCACGGAAAAACAACCCUUACAUCUGCUAUUACAAAAGUUCUUGCGGCAUCGAAGGGCGCUAAAUACCGAAAGUACGAAGAUAUUGAUAAUGCUCCAGAAGAAAAAACUCGUGGCAUUACCAUUAAUGCUUUUCACUUGGAAUACGAAACAUCGAAGCGACACUACGCACACAUUGAUUGUCCUGGUCAUGCUGACUAUAUUAAAAACAUGAUCACUGGAGCUGCUCAAAUGGAAGGAGCGAUUCUUGUAGUUGCAGCUACGGACGGACCGAUGCCACAAACAAAGGAACACUUGCUUCUAGCAAGGCAGGUUGGAGUGCCGCAAGAAAAUAUCGCUGUCUUCAUGAACAAGGUUGAUGAAGUAACCGAUGCUGAAACUCGUGAGCUAGUCGAAAUGGACAUCCGCGAGCUACUGAAUGAAUUUGGAUAUCCAGGGGAUACAUGCCCCGUAAUUUUUGGAUCGGCCUUGUGCGCGUUGGAAGGAAAGCAGUCGGAGAUUGGUGAAGAAGCGGUUAAAAAACUCCUUGAAGUUCUUGAUGACAAAUUUAUAAUCCCCGAAAGAAAAACAAACGAGGAGCCAAUGUUUGCUGCAGAGCACGUUUACACUAUUCAAGGACGGGGAACUGUUAUUACUGGAAAAUUGGAGCGCGGAAUACUCAAACGGGGAGACAAAAUCGAAAUUGUUGGAGCCAGCAAAGAUGGAAAGGCUAUUAAAUCAACGAUAUCUGGUCUUGAGUCAUUCCGCAAAACAGUUGAACAAGCUGAACCGGGAGACCAGCUUGGAAUUUUGUUGCGGGGAUUGGGGCCAAAGGAUGUGCGAAGAGGAUGUGUACUGCUUCCGCAAGGGCAUAAACAUAAAGUCACGGAUAAGGUGAAAGCUCAGCUUUACGUUUUAAAAGAAAGCGAGGGGGGAGCUAAGACUCCAAUUGCUAACUACUUUAGCGAACAUGUUUAUUCUUUAACAUGGGAUACUGGAGCGAUGGUUAAAAUAAUCGGUAAAGAUUUUGUCAUGCCAGGUGAAGCUGCCGAAGUUGAACUUUCUUUAAAUUAUCGAAUGUUCAUUGAACCGCAACAGAGAUUUACCAUUCGAAAAGGAUCGAAGACAGUGGGCACUGGAGUCUUCACUGAUCUGUUAGAACCAAUGUCAGAAACUGAAAAAGACCCAAAAAGCAAGAAAAAAUUGAUGAAAGCGGAAAUGGAGCGACUUGGCUUCAAUCCAUAUGGAGAACUUGCUGAAAAGCGACUCAAACCAGAUUUCUCUAAUUCUCCAAAGGACAACCCAGCUGCCAAGGCUUUCGAAAAUACAGAUGCCCAGAAAUAA